CGCCAUAUUGCAGUUGUCAAAUUGAACUCUCGUCAAUGCUGUGUAAUUCUUUUGUUAUCUGGAACCGAUUAAGCGUUAAAUAUCAUAUUCCUAAGUUUAGUAAUAUAAUUUCGAUAUGCGUGUGGUUAGGAAAUGGCAACACUGAAGUCAAAGGUUCUCUACUGCGUAUGAGGUCAUUGUGCUAUUUACAUUUGUAUGUAGUGAACAAAGAAGUGGAGAAAUCAGUUCUUCUGUGUAAUGCAUUAACGCCAGUUUGAAGCCAGUUGCUUUAAACAUGCCUACAGAAUUUAUGAAGUGUUUGUAUAUAUUAUUACUUAGUAUUUUAGUAGGCAAAUCAUCAGCGAUAUUCGUAGUAAAGAGGAAUACAUUAACGCCCAUCAUUUUAGUUCCUGGAGAUGGCGGCAGUCAGGUUGAGGCAAAACUUCACAAGGAAGAAGUUGUUCAUUAUUUAUGUGAGAAAACAACACAAGACUUCUUCAAUAUAUGGCUUAAUAUGGAAUUACUUGUUCCAUUAGUCAUAGAUUGCUGGAUUGACAACAUGAAACUUGUAUAUGACAAUGUAACAAGAACAACAUCAAAUUCAAAAGGUGUUGAGAUUAGAAUUCCAGGCUUUGGGGACACUACAUCUAUUGAAUGGCUUGAUCCAAGUGAAGCAUUCCCAGGAGCAUAUUUUAAAGACAUUGCUAACACUUUGGUUGCUUUGGGUUAUGAACGUAACAUCUCUCUUCGAGGUGCCCCAUAUGACUUUCGGAAAGCCCCAAAUGAAAAUGGUGAUUAUUUUGCGAGGUUGAAAGCUCUUGUGGAAGAAACGUACAGAAUAAAUGAUAAUCACCCUGUAAUAAUAUUGGCUCACAGCAUGGGUGGCCCCAUGAGUUUACACUUCUUACACAUCCAAUCAAAGGCCUGGAAAGAUCAAUAUAUUCGUGCGCUUGUUACAUUAUCUGGUGCAUGGGGAGGAUCAGUCAAGGCAUUGAAGGUUUAUGCAGUGGGUGACGAUUUGGGUUCUUAUAUCCUUAGUGAGAGUACAUUACGAGAGGAACAAAUAACCUCACCAAGUUUAGCAUGGCUCAUGCCAUCCAGUUUGUUUUGGAAUCCUGAUGAAAUUUUAAUACAAACAGAUGGAAAGAACUACACAAUCAAGGAUUUCAGAGAAUUCUUUGAGGCUAUUGAAUAUCCUAUGGGCUGGGAAAUGAGGAAAGAUGUGGAAAGAUAUUCAGUUGAGUUUCAAGCCCCAGAUGUAGAAGUGCAUUGUUUACAUGGUUAUGGAGUAAAUACAAUUAAUAGACUUAUCUACAAACCUAAGACUUUCCCAGAUGGGUACCCUGGCUUCCUGUAUGGUGAUGGAGAUGGCACUGUAAACAGACGUAGCUUGGAAGGAUGUUUGAAAUGGCAGGGCAAGCAAAAGGAGAACAUUUAUUAUCAAACUUUCUCCAGUUUGGAUCAUAUGAGCAUACUUCGUGAUAAACGUGUUCUUAGCUAUAUUGAGACACUAAUAAGAAAGCUGUAGGUUUAAUAUCUAAAUUUGUAUUUAAUUCUAAAACCUGUUCCAUCCAUCUUAUAAGCAUUAUAUACCAGAAAUUAUGUGAUUUUAUUGGAGCAGUUUUGGUUUAUUUGACAUCACAUCAUUUGUUCUUUAUUAUAGUCUCAAAUUUAUUUAGGUACAAUACAUAUUAUUUUAUAUUGAUUUUUAUAGAUUCUUAAUUUGAAAUUGACAAAUAAUUUAUUAUGUAUGCCAAUGAAGGAAGCUAUGGAUAAAAUAUUGCACUGAAACAUACUGAUGUUUAUGAGAUGGAGGCAUGGAAAAUAACAGAUUUCCAGAAUCAUGGUUAUAUAUUGUGGAUUUGUCAGAUUCUUCACAGGUCAAAUUCAGCGUGUGAACUACAGUAUGUUCAUCUCUUCUUAUAUCACAAACAUUUAUAUUAUUUGCAGAUUCCCAUAGUAGGAGACCUAUGUUUUAUGUGAAAAGUUCGUACCACUUUUCAGUGCAUUUAGGUGAUUGGCAGUAGAGAUCAGUUUUGUGUGCUAGCAAGUAAAGUUUUUGAGUGACUUCCAGACUAUUGUUUGAAUUAUAUUUUACAUGAAAGUUGAGCUGAUUCACAGGUUCCCUUAAUCUGUUUAAUUCAUAACAUCUCAUUUAUAAACCAUGCUAGCUCAUCUGUGUUAUCUUAAUUCGGUUGAUAAAAUUUAUGAGGUUCACCUUGUGAUGCUGGAAGGUGCAAGUCUCAAAAUUACAGCGAUAGUGUAGAAGAGAGACCAGAGACAAAUCUAUUGGCACUUGUUUUUCUAUAGUUCCCACAUUAAUUUUAUUGAAAGAUUAUUAUUUUAGUGAAUGAUUGUUCCCUGAAUAAGUCAAGUGGUUGAGAGUGAGAUAAAAGUUUUUGAUUGUCUUCCCAUAUAUUUAUUAUCUUUCCGUUCCGCAUCCAUCCUCACUUGGUUCAUCCACCAGGUUUUCAGUCUCCUUUCAUUUUAAUUUCUAUUGCCAUUUUGGAAGGAGUUGUGAUAGUGUAGUCAGUAUAGUGAUUGUCUAUGGGCUGGAUGACCAAAGGGUUGGAAUUUGAGUCCCAGU